UGACUCUGCCCAGAGAGGGCUGUGAAGCACUACGGAGCCCUAUCUGAGCGUAAGUGUUAUGGCUAAAAUGGACUUUUAUUGAGGGGGGGGAAUGGCUUCGUGUCCCUGUGCUCCGCCUGGCUGCGUGUGCUGGCACAUCGGGCCCGUGAUUGGGCCCCUGCCUGGGGAGGGAAGUGGGUUCCCCUUCGGAGAUAGUGGGGGGGGGAGUCCUGUGAAAGCCUUUCCAAUCCAGGGGGUGGAAGAAGGCCUCUGGGUGGCCCCUCCGAGGAGCCCUGUCCCUCAGGGCUGGGGAUGAAGCUCUGCGUGCCUCGGGGGUCUCUGCGUCUGUCGGCUCCCUUCGGGGUCUCCUCGUCUGCCUCCUCCCCUCCAAAGAGGCCUCUGCUCCUCAUUCUGUAGAGUGAACUGGCAGGCCUUCUGCCCGGGGACAGAGCCAGGAGAACCUGCCUCCCCAAACAGGGCUGAGCGGGGGCGAGGCUCCCACUCUUUCACCCGGUGGGGGGGCUUGGCAAGCAUGUCCAGAGGCCUUGGGAGGCAGGUCCCACCUGAGAAGCCGGCCGGAGUUCCCCCUUUUCUUCCUUCUCUCUCCCUUCAAAAGCAGCCCCCCUCCUCGCGAUCCUUUUUUGUGUCUCUGGAAACAGCCAUUUAAAGGGGGGGGGGCUUUGUUUCUGUAUAUUCAGAUUUGUAUAAUUAAGGGAGGCAAUUAAUGGGGCUUGACGGCCGGGUUCCAGGAGUCCCUCCCCAGCCCGUUUUGCCCAUUUGUGGGGGCCGCGUUGGGUUCGUCGCAAGGCUUUGGGUGCUGAAGCCGCUCGCGUCCCCCUGGCAGGUGAGGAGCUGACCUGUGUUGGGGGCAGGAGGCCUCAGAAGGGCGGCCUUCCCUGUCCGUCUCUGCCUGCCGGAUCCUGGAUGUAAAUAAAGGUUUUCCGACACUCGUUGGUUCCUUGCGUGGAUUUCCCGGCUUCACGUUUGUUGCUUUCUUUUCAAUAUACUGACGAUCUUCUCUUUGUUUCAUAGCAUUGAACGGAUGGGUUGAUUAUUCUUUUCAGAUAUUAAUAAAGCAGCGGAAAGAAGAGAAAUGAAUAAGCCUCCCUCAAGGUCCAGCCCAUCGCGAAGGUCUUUUCCCGGUCCGUCCGGCAGGGAGCCCGUCCCUUUCAGCGAGAGAGACGCGCGGAGGGACCGCUCUCCCAACCGGGGCAGCCCACGCCGGGAUGGCAGGAACGGCCGAGAUUCCCGGGACGGACGGGACGUUCGGGGGCGAGAGUUGCGGGGCUCCAGAGAUCACCGAGAUCCCAGGGAUUCCCGGGACGCGCAAGAUUCCCGAGAGCCUCCCUACGACCGCUACAGGGAGCCCAGGGAGGCCCCCUACAGGAGAGAGGAAGGCUACGACCGCUAUGCCCGGAUGGACGACUAUUGCCGCAGGCGGGAGGAGCCCUCUUACGACCGCUACGUGGCCCCCCGCAGUGGGGACACCCUGGACAGGCCCACCCUGAGCAACGAAGAGCGCAUGAAGAGGGAGGAGAGGCGCCGGGAGGAGCUCUACCGCCAGUUCUUUGAGGACAUCAAGAAGUGCAUUGAUGUCGAGCGGCCGGUGGAUUGCUCCGUCAUCGUGGUCAACAAGCAGACCAAGGAUUACGCCGAGUCGGUGGGGCGCAAGGUGCGCGACCUCGGCAUGAUGGUGGACCUGAUCUUCCUCAACUCGGAGAUGUCCUUGCAGCAGGCCCUGGACGACGUGAGCCAGGGGGGCUCUGCCUUCGCCAUCGUCAUCACCCCCCAGCACCAGGUCCACCACUCCUGCACCGUCAACAUCAUGUUCGGCACCCCGCAAGAGCACCGGAACAUGCCGCAGGCGGAUGCCAUGGUGCUGGUGGCCAAGAACUACGAGCGCUACAAGUCGGAGGUCCGCGAGAAGGAGCGGGAGGAGAUUGCCAGGCGGGCGGCCAAGAUGGCCGACGAGACCAUCCUGCAGGAGCGGGAGCGACCCCUGCCGGCCGACGAGGGUCUCCGCGGUACCCACCCCCCAGCCAUGCAGGCCCUCCUGAACCUGCUGGCGGACAACCGCUACCUGACCGGGGAGGAGACGGACAAGAUCAUCAACUAUCUGCGGGAACGCAAGGAACGGCAGCUGCGCGCCACCACCGAGCCCCUUUCCGCUUCGCUUCCCAGGCAGACGAUGGGAGCCACAUCGGGGUCCUUGGGGCCCGCUUCCCAGGGGCACCAGAGCGUCCAGCCUCUGCCGGCCUCUGCCACGGCUACUGGGCCCUCCAAUCCUCAGCAGGAGCUGCAGGCCAAGAUCCUCAGCCUCUUCUCCAGCGGGGCGGCCAGCGGGGCGGUGAAUGUGGCGACCGGGGGCGGCUCCGGUGUGGGGGGGUCUGCAAACACAGGGUUUGCUUCCGGGUCCAGCACGCCUGGCCGUGGCCCCCAGCUGGGCGUGGCUGGAGGCUCCCAGUCUCAGCAGCGAGCUUCCUCCCAGGGCACCCAGUACUCCAGCCACUCGGGGUCCUCCAGGACGGGCGGUCCCCGGCCUUCGGCUCCCCCACCGCCCUCCCAGACCCACUACCAGAGCCGGGCCCCUGCGCCCAACAACAUGGCUGCCUCGCGCCAGGCUCCAUCCCUGGGGAUCAACUUCGACAACCCCAGCGUGCAGAAGGCCCUGGACACCCUGAUCCAGAGCGGCCCCGCCCUCUCCCACCUGGUGAGCCAGUCGGCGGGCCAGUCCCGGGCGGGGCCCCCUGCCCAGCAGGCCUUGGGCUCCUACCAGCGGCAUUACUGAUGCCCGCUGGGCUUUUGGCUGCCCGCUGCUGAAUGUUCUGGAUGGUGCAUGUCCCCCUCUCCUCCCUGGGCAGACAAGGGCUGGAGAAGGCAGCGAGCCCCCCCCUCUUCUGCUGGACCCCCCCCCUCCCGGCCCACUCCUUCCUUUUCAGCUGGGAAGGGGGACCACGAAGGGCUGCACCCUCCCAAGCAACAAGGGGCGGUCCAGAGCUGGCCAAAGGGGGGGGAGAGGGGGGGCUUAGGGGCCGAUCUGUGCGUGUGGCUGCCUGAGAGGUUUUCUGGCUGGCCUGUUCUCCCCCCCCCCCCCCCCUUUCUGUUUAAUGUUGUAAAAUUUGAAAGUUAAGUUUUGGGGCAGCUCAGAUUCUUUCCCGGGUGGCUCUUGGCGGAGGCCGGUUCUUUGAUGGUUCGGUUGUGUAGAGGCAGGAGGACGUCACUUUUUAAUAAAACUUCCA